AUGGCAUGUUCAGAGACUACGACUAAGGUUUUGAAGUUGAAAACCAGUGACAAUGAAGUUGUUGAGGUGGAAGAGAAGGCUGCCUUACAAUCUGAAAUCAUCAAGAGGAUGGUUGAAGAUGGCCAUAGUACUGAUGAUGCGAUUCCACUCUUCAAUGUAGAAAAGAAAACCCUAGCCAAGAUUGUGGAGUGGUUGAAGAAGCAUGCGAGCGAUGCAUCUAAGGAUGAGAUUGAUAAGUGGGAUGCUGAUUUUUUAGAUGUUGACACAGAUUUUCUCUAUGAUCUUCUCCUAGCUUCAAACUAUCUCAGCAUUGAAGUUUUGCUAGGUCAACUUACACAAAAAGUUGCAAACAUGAUCACAACGAAUCAACCUAUUAGAAUUCGCGAACUCUUUAAUAUCAAGAACGAUUUUACGCCAGAGGAAAAGGAAGAAAUUCUCAAGGAGAAUUCAUGGUUAUUCAAUUGA